GAAAACACUCGAUUUGUUCCUCCUCCUCGGCGCCGGCACCGGGAAGCCACAAUGGCGAAGAGAGAGAUUAGUAGCACUCUGAGAAACCUAAAGUUUAUGCAAAGGUCUGCUCUAAAAGAGGAGAAGAAGAAGAUUGAUGAAGAACCUAAUGAGAGUUUUUCUUCCCUUGGAACUGCUGCAAAGAAGUGUGUGGUCAUAACAGACUGGGAUCCUCAGCCAGGAGCAGUAUUAGGACGCAUGUCGUUUCAGUCUUUUAACCCCAAUAUUGAGAAACUGAAUGAAGAGGCGAUACAAACAGAUGCUUCUCCCACAAGCUCUAGCAGUAAUGGUGGAAGAAUGUCUUUUAGUGAACCUAAGGUUGAGACAAGCCGGGAAACAAAUGGUGACUUGAAAAGGAAACAUCCUGAGGAACAAAACCAUCCAAGCAAGUCCGUGAGGAGCAGUGACAAACCAUCACCAAGCAACAGACAAGGAGAUGGUUUCAAGAAACCCAAGAGCUGGAGCGCUUUGAAGCCACCAAAACCUCAAACGAAACAUUAGCUAAACCUAGUUUCAAAUUAGUUCACAUGUUUUAGAAGAUCAUGUCUGUAUCCUCAUUCACAUGGUGUUGCUACCCGUUUCGAUAAAAAUUAUAGCCAAAAGUUUUUGAACUUUCUGUUUGGUUGUUUUACGUUUGUGUUAUAGAUCCAGAUAUAUAAUGAUACUGUUUUGUCUUUCCGUUCAUGUGAUCUAACAGAU